AAAAUCCAAUAUUACAAUCGCUGAUCGGAAAACUGUUGUCACAGCGACAAUGUAAAUCAAUCUAUAUUUGGAAAACGCGUCUCUGUGACGACACGGCAGAACAAAAAUCAUCAGUCUUUAUCAUAAUGACGGCGGCCUUUGAUGAAUAAUCGGUGUCUUUUAAUUUCCAGGAAAAAAUAGUAUGUGGCGUAAAACAUAAAACUGUGGAGAUUUGAGGACGCAACAAAAAGAACGACAUCUGUGUUCGUUUAACGUUGGGCGGGAAUUGGAGAGCGAUCGAUUUUCGUACCGGCUCCGUUCUCGCUGUCACCUGGCUGUAUGCAGUGUCGGGUGCGGUCCCCAGUGUUUAGUAUCUCUCCGUGUGUGUCAGGUACAACAAGCGGAAAUUGAGUCCCACCAUCGUACGAGAUGUUUUUAUCAUGUCGACAGAUGGACAUAAGCGGCUGAAUGAGUUAUCAGAAGUGUCAUCAUUCUCCGUCUGUACCCAAUCAUCGUCCAUAUCAAUCAAGAAAUCCUCUGAUAUAUUCAUCACUACCCUUGACACCUCACGCCACACUAAGAUAUCAACGGAUCAGAAGCGAGAACAGUUUGUCUCUCGUCGACCCAGAUCUUUGAAGGACCUCUUCUUCAGAUCCAAAAAUCCCAACAAAGGCCCCUCUGAGAAAGGAUCGGGCGAAACUAAAACUAAGUUUUCGAACAUUGUUUCAAAGCAUAUUUUGCCGUUUAGAUUCGUCAGAACUCUCCGCACUGAGUUGACACAGCCCGAGCGCACGAAUACCACAUCCUGUCCAAAUCUUGUCCAGCGAAACUUUGUGGAAACUCCAACAAAACCCGAGGAAACAGUCAUAGCCCCUUUCAAAAGCAGCCCUGAUCAGGAGAGCCCCGAAGAGGCUAAAAUUGCACCUUUUCCAUCCUCACAAUCAUUCCCCAAAAGUACCUACGACCGAUCGUUCUACAACUCACUGACAGAACGAAACCCCUUACGUGUGCAGCACCUCGCCAUACCGAACCAGAAAAAGGACAAGAGUACAAGCAAGGUGGACGGCCAGGUGACCGACAUAUUUACGACGUCUUUUACUCACUCUGCUUCGAUAAAGGCAAAUCAUUCUCUGUCUAGACUACAGUGCAAAAGCGCCCAAGAACUGCCAAAAAGUCCACUUGUUGUCAUUAAACAAAGAUUAACCCGAAGUUACUCGGACACACCACCGCGUUUAUCGGUUAAAUCACAGGGGAGUUCCGCUUCUUUAAAAAUCCCCUCCUGUCUUCAGUCCAAGAUGUAUCGAGAUGAAUGCGUGUCUCAAAUUUUGGAUUAUCUCUUUAUAGGAAGUAUUGAGGUGGCAUACAAUGAGCCGAAAUUAUGCCGCCUAAAGAUAGAUUCUCUGGUCGACAUCAGUAAUCUGUCGUCUGCUCAAGUGCCUUCAUCCAAGAAGCUACACUGUCCCUGUCUCUGCGGGCAUGAUAGUCGUCACUUCCGGUCACGACUCAUUAUCCGCGUAGAUGAUGAUGACAAGGAAGAUAUCGAACAAUAUUUCUCUGAAAUUAACAAAUUCAUUGAUGGUGCUAGAAAGUGUGGAAAAAACGUUCUGAUUUUCAGUUACCAUGGAAACUCCCGCGCACCCGCAGCUGCUAUUCAGUAUCUGAUGAGCCAUGAAGGAUUCCUCAUACGCCAGGCUUAUAAUUUGGUGAAAAAUCAGCGACCAGCAGUGGAAAUUAAUCAAGGAUUUCAAAAUGCCCUGGAAGCAUUGGAACACAGACUUUUUCCGGAGGCUAAGCCGUCCCUUCCGUUCAGUAAUGACUACCUUAACAUCGCUGACCCCCAGGCGAUCAAGUGCGCGUGGGUGGACUGUUCCGACAUGUGAUUCCUGUUAGUAUUGUAACAAGACAGCUAAUACGAUUUAAAGUGAAACUACGAAAAGAAGCUUGCAAAAUCUUUAUAGAGCGCUAAUUGAAUUUAUCCUUUCUUACCAUAUACAAUGAAAUGAAAAGAAAAAAAUCCCGUUACCUAGUAACUAAUUCAGAAUAAAAGUGAAUUCUAUUUGCCAGCGUUCUGGUGAUUGAAGUCUUAAACUUCUUUUGGAUAAACACGGAUUAAUUAGAUUGGUUAAUCCAAUCGAUAUUAAUUUACGGUAAGGUGAAGUAGUUUCUAGCGGAGAAGGCGUGCGUGAAACCUUCAACGUUAAAUCCGCAAUGAGGAUGUUCCUUGUUGUGGAGCUUUGUGGGUUUUUUUCUUCUGUUGUGUCAUUGUCAAUUCAAAAAAAAAAUAAAAAUCUUUAUAUAGUAAA